UUUUCCUAUGUCAGAGUGAAAGAGACAAGCUUUUGUCAGUUUCGCCUCGAGAACGAUCAACUCCUCAAACAGCUUGGGAUCAGGUAGAACUAGAGGAGCUACUUUCUUUUUUUUAAUGAAAAGAGGACUUUCUUAUCUUCCCUUCCCUUUUCUUUCGGUAGAGGUGAUCACUCGAAAGGUGAACACUUUUUUUGUUGUUUUUGUGUGUUUGAUCCUUUGCUUGUAGUUCUCCGUCAUGACGGCUUCGCACGAUUCUCUGGUGGUUUUGUAUGGGGCAACAGCUGGUGCAAGUGGGGCUAAACUAGGUUCGGAUGAAAGGGAACUAGUUCUCUUGGUGUGGCAAGUUGUGGAUCUACACAACAAGAAGGUGGGAGAAGUACACAGAAUCCUGGUUAAAGCCGACAAUCCCGAGUUAAGCGACCGGUGUAAAGAGGAGUUGGGUGCCUGCGCGGAGGAAAUCGUCAAGGCGGAGCCACUCGAUCGAGUUAUUGUACAGUUUAACCAGCUUGUGUCAAAUGAAUUGAAAGAGCUUGGGAGAAGUUCCUACUGCCUUUGUACGGAUGGCCAGCUACUUGUUCGACAGGUCCUGCACCCAGAAGCCUCCAAGAAGAACUUGGUGCUUUCGGAAUGUUUCUAUUCAUUUUAUGACCUGCAGAAGGAGUUUGAGAAAUGCUGCCCAGAUGCAGCCUCUACAAAAGAAACAUCCAUCAGUUCCAUGGCAGAAUACUUGGAGUUGAGCACAGACAAUGCAGUCAGUGAGUUUGGUGUAUUUGACGUGACCACCAUGGGUUCAAUUAUUUUGCAAUUAAUUAGUGAGCCAUACAAUUAUCAGUUCAAAAAUUUUGAAACGGUCAACUACAAGUUUGAAACUGGUCCCUGCAGCAAAGCGGAAGGAGUAGAUGGUGAAACAGUAAUUCGAGCCAGAGGUUUGCCAUGGCAGUCGUCCGACCAAGACAUAGCACGAUUUUUCAAAGGACUAAACAUAGCAAAGGGUGGUGUUGCACUGUGCCUGAAUUCUCAAGGAAGAAGAAAUGGAGAAGCUCUUGUCAGAUUCAUCAAUCGUGAACAGAGGGAUCUUGCACUGGAGAGACACAAACAUCAUAUGGGGAGCCGAUACAUUGAGGUAUACAAGGCCACCGGAGAAGAAUUCCUAAAAAUAGCUGGAGGUACCUCGAAUGAAGUGGCACAAUUUUUGUCAAAGGAAAACCAGGUUAUAAUACGAAUGCGUGGCCUACCUUUCACAGCCACAACGGAGGACGUCCUCGGCUUCUUUGGAAAGGAGUGUCCUGUUACAGGUGAAAAGGAGGGGCUUCUCUUUGUGAAAUACCCUGAUGGAAGACCAACUGGGGAUGCAUUUGUACUGUUCGCAUGUGAAGAAUUUGCUCAGAAUGCACUUAAGAAACACAAGGAAAUACUGGGGAAACGUUAUAUAGAAUUGUUCAGAAGCACUGCAGCAGAAGUUCAACAGGUGUUAAAUAGAUAUAUGUCUACGCCAUUGAUUUCAACACUCCCUGCUCCAAUAAUCCCUGUGAUACCUCAGCCAUUCAUUGCCACUGGAAGUACCAGAGAUUGCAUUCGUCUACGUGGCCUCCCCUACACAGCAAGCAUCGAGGAUAUUCUGGACUUCAUGGGAGAAUUUACGGUUGACAUAAAACCACAUGGUGUUCACAUGGUGCUGAAUCAACAGGGCCGACCUUCAGGCGACGCUUUCAUUCAGAUGAAGGCUCCAGACUGUGCCUUCUUGGUUGCGCAGAAAUGUCACAAGAAGACAAUGAAGGACAGAUAUGUGGAAGUGUUUCAGUGUUCCGGAGAUGAAAUGAGCUAUGUUUUAAUGGGUGGCACUUUAAAUCGUAGUGGCUUGUCUCCGCCGCCAUGCCUCUCACCACCAACGUACCCGACGUUCUCGCCCGGGCCUGCUGUAAUACCUGCUGAAGCAGCCCUCUAUCAGCCCCAGGCCCUGCUGGCUCCAGCGCGGUCAGCCCAGCCUGCACCAUCUGCGGUUGCCUAUUACCCUGCUCAGGCAACUGCCACUCAGCUUUAUAUGAAUUACACGACCUACUAUCCAAGCCCUCCGGUGUCCCCGACGACGGUCGGAUAUUUUGCAGCUCCGCAGGCAGCACUAGCGGCUGCAGCGUCGUCGGCAACCCACGCCAUGUUACCACAGCCAGGUGCACUUGUCCGCAUGCAGGGCCUGCCUUAUAACAUUGCAACGAAAGACAUCCUUAGCUUCUUCCAAGGAUAUCAGUAUGCACCUGAUGACUACAGCGGCCUUAUUCAGAUGAACGAACAAGCAAGGAGUAUGUAUCAGGCACCCAAAGAGUGGGUCUGUUUGUAGAUGACCACCUUUACAAAUGUCAAUAAGGUAAGGGAGCAACUUCCCAGCUGCCUCUCUGGCCAGGCUUCACUCUCGAGUGAUACCACUGACGUUUCCUAACUGGGAUUUCCAUUUCUCUCUCUCGGCCUCAUCUCUGAGACUCUCAUCUUUUCCGGCAUCUUGCAAGGGUGGAGCUGCAAACCCACGACGAGGUACUUGGAGCUAGCUUUUUGUGCAGUGGCUCUAGCCGUGUUUUCUCAGCAGCGAGGAAUGAAAUUGGUGGGAGUGGUGCUGGUUAAAGAACCCUGCUUGGCUAUGAUGGGGGGAGGGAGAAAACUCCUAGUCAGCUGACAUGUGACCAGAGUCCGUUCAGUGCAGGUACUUUUAUCGCCCCUUGUUUUCCAUUCCUCAAGAACGGACUGGAGAAAUGUGGGUACAGGAUAGGGAGAUAACGCUGUGUAGACUGAUGCCAAUGCCCAUGGCUCCUUUACUACUUUGAAAAGAUGGAAAGGUGUGGACAUGAAGGAGAAGGAGGUUACGCAUGGAAAUAGUGUUUCCUACGUGAGCGUGAGAUGUAUUUACAUGGAAUUUUCUUCUCUGGUAGAUUAUAGCCUGGAGAAUCGAUUAAAUAUGGUCCUUUCCUGAUAUCAAAGGAUAUUAUGUUUAUUUUCAGACAAAGUGGUGUGCUCUUUAAAAAUUUUAUCUUCAGAAUGACCAGGACUAAAUUCCUUUGCACAAAGGUAAAACUGAGUGCUGGGAACAUUGCAGGUGGAGGAGAAACCUGAAAUUCUAAUAGUUUCACCCCCCAGGAAUGCUGCUCGACUUGCUGACUAAUUGCAGCAUUGUUUUCAUUUGCACUCACUGGAUCCUUCCACCCACAUCUUGAGUAGAUCUGGUGAAAUCAGUUACAAUUGUUAUGAAAUAAACUUCCAUUUGCUGAAAUGCUCUUUAAGUGCACCAUUUUGUUUGUUGCCACCUCUCCCUUUGUGCAUUGAAAAGCUUAUCUUUUGUUUUCCCCUUUUUGGCUGUUGGUUACUGUCCUGAAUUCUGCUUUCCUUUGUUUUUCUGACUUCUUGGUUUGUUAUAAUAUUAGCAAUGCUUAAAAUGCUAUAAUGUUAUUUAUGUGGCAGCUUGAUCGUAGUCUGCCCACUAACUUCUUUAAACUAAUGUGAUCCAAAUUUAUUCUUUAAAGUUUGUGUCAACUUAAAUUUUCAUUUAGAUGAACAUCUACCAGCUGGAUGGUCUAAGUCAUUAGAUUGACUUACUCAUUUAUCAAUUGAAGAAUCUCCAACUUGUAUCAAGAAUUUCUGUGUACACUUCAGUUUUCCCCCUUUUUUUUUCUCCCGCUCAGCUCCAAGCAGAUACAAUCUUAAUUCUGUAUAACUUCAAUGGCCAGCCCAGUGGAGAAGCUUUGGUGACUUUUCCAACCCUUGAGAUGGCUACACGAGCUAUAUCGGAAAAGAAUGGACAACUUAUUGGUCAUCAGUGCAUAA